AUGAAGAUCCUCACGUUAUCCCCACUCUCAUUACUCCUCCUCCCGCAUCUCGCGCACGCAGCAUACGUCCUUCAAGACGACUACAAUGCCCAAAACUUCCUCAGCAAAUUCACCUACUUCACCGGCUCCGACCCGACCCACGGCUUCGUCAAAUACGUCGACGAGCAGACCGCCAAGUCUAAACAAUACGUGCGCCCCAACGGCGCCCAGAUCCACGUCGGUGUCGACCAUAAAUCCAAAAUCCCCUUCAACCCCGCCGAUAAGACCGGCACGGGCACCGGCGGUCGCGAGAGCGUCCGCCUCGAGAGCAAGACCCUCUAUACAAAGGGCCUCUUCAUCCUCGAUAUCGAGCACAUGCCUGGCGGGCCGUGCGGAACGUGGCCUGCUUUCUGGACCGUCGGUGGAGGCUGGCCAAACAAGGGGGAAAUCGAUAUCAUCGAAGGCGUGCACAGAAACUCGGUAAACAUGAUGGCGCUGCACACAGGCCCGCAGUGCUCCGUAAAAGGGCUAAAGCAAAAGGCGCUCGUCGAGGCGCCCAACUGCGACGUCAAGGCCCCCGGGCAGGCAUCGAAUCAGGGGUGCAGCAUGAAAGACAAAGGCACCGCCUCCUACGGCGACGCCUUCAACGCGGCCAAAGGCGGCGUCUUCGCCAUGGAGUGGACCUCCACGCACAUCAAGGUCUGGUUCUUCCCGCGCGGGUCCAUCCCAAAGGACAUCAACACGCCCAACCCGGCUAGCUGGGGCACGCCAAACGCAAACUUCGAGGGCGGCUGCGAGUUCGACAAGAAGUUCAAGGACCACAAGAUCAUCUUCAAUACCACUUUCUGCGGCGACUGGGCGGGCGGCGUGUGGGGAACUGCGGCGGUGGAUGGCGGGUGUGGGUCGAGAGCAAAGACGUGUGUAGAGUUUGUGGCCAACAAUCCGCAGGAGUUUGAGAAGGCGUACUGGACCAUCAACUACCUGAAGGUGUUUAAGCAGCAAUAG